UUAUUAGAUAGCUUUAUGAAGACUAUUACCUCCAAAAUUAAUUGGACAGUUCAAGAAAUUAAGAGAAUUCAAUCUUCUCUUUGUACCAACGGCAGAAUACAAUUAGCAAGUAAUCGAUUUGGCAAUCCCGAAUUUCCAAAAGUUGCUUGGCAAUUAUUUAUUGAAAUUAUUCAUUCUUCGUCCGAUUAUGGUCGGGGAUAUAGCCAAAGUUAUAACAAAGGAGAAAAUGAUAUUAUUCACAUCUGGCUUAGCCAAAUGGGACCUAAUGGAUUGAAUGAUUUUGUGAAUACUAAAUACAAAAUUUAUGCAAUUGCAGAGGAUAAUACAAAUGUUGAUAUAGCCAAUUCUACACACAAAUUUGAGAAUCAAGAAAAGAUGGGAUAUUCUAAAGUUUCUUUGAAAAAAUUACUUAAAGAUAACGGUAGGAUGUUCAGAUUUUUGAGAAAAUUUUUGUUGUUUUUGAUUAGAAAGAAAUAA